AUGGCUGUUUCUCACUGGCUCCUCACUUGUGUGCUCUUCAUAACAGAUAUUGCAGCCCAGCAACAAGGGUGUUCUGUUGGUAACAGUGAACCCAGUGUUUAUGAAAACAACCCUCCUGGCUAUGUGCUGACCACUGUCCAUACGGAUUCAGGCUUCACUGUCACCAUUGAUCCUACUUCUCAAGAUGCCAAGUUUUUCACUAUACAGGGGUCUGAGCUGCAGCUGACUGAAUCUGUGGACUAUGAGGUAAGCCCAGUCUUAUUUUUGUCUUUGACUCUUAUUUUACCCUUUCUGCAGAGUAAUUCCUUUGACAUUGUGGUGACCAUCCUCAAUGAGAAUGACAACAGCCCAGUGUUCAAGCACACCAACCUCACCCAAGUUGUUCCUGAGGAUACAAAAGUGAAUGCAACCAUUAUAGCCCGUGAGGAGUUAACUGCCAGUGAUGCUGACCUGGACACCAUCUUCUAUGAGCUCACUACAACAGUGCAGGACACAGAAGGUUAUUUUGCCAUAAAAGGAGUUAAUAACCCAGAACUGUAUUUAAGAAGAGCAUUGAACUAUGACAAAUUUAAACAGACAACAUUGCUGCUGUAUGCACGGGACAGGCCUGUGGGCAGCUCUGACAUCACCAACACAGCUACUGCAACAAUAAAUAUACUUAUUGAACAGUCGGACACCAAACCACCCUGGUUCUUACCCUGUACCUUCAUUAACACGGACAACAGCAUCUGCAUCAGCAGUCCCUACAUUGGGAGGGUCAAUAUCUCUGAGCUGUCGACAGAACCACUCAUCCUGGAGCCAGGACCUAUCUAUGCUAUUGAUCCUGACUACACUAUAAAUGAAAGGAUUGUGUACAGUAUUGUUGGUGGGGAUACAGACAAAGUAUUCUCAGUGGAUGCAGACACAGGGAAUCUGACUAUGAACAAAGCAGUCACUUCCCCAGACGGGUUCCUCCUGCAGGUCAUGGCCACCCAGGUCAACAACAUCCAGAAAUACUCCGUAGCCAGUGUAGAGAUUAAGGUCGUCAAUAAAAGUGAGCAUCCACCAUACUUUGAGACCAAGAUCUACAGUGGGACUGCGUUUGUUGGGCUGGCCCUGAGAAGCUUUGUCUUCCAAGCUGGUGAUCCUUCAAGCCCCCUGAUGAUAACAGCAGUGGAUGAAGACUUCCCUGAUAAAGUCAACCCCAACAUUGAGUACUACAUAAAGAACAGCACUGACUUCAUUGCAACCAAAGACGGAUUCAUCCUGACAAAUGUGGUGCUGCAGUCCCCAGAAACUGUAACCAUGGAGGCUGUUGGAAAAGACAUGGUGAGCCUGGAGGAGGCAAGCACUGUGAUUGUGGUGGAGGUCAUGCAACCUGCAGCUGUAGCCUCCUCUGAUAAGGCCUACACUGCUCAGGAUAUGGCUAUCUUAGGUGGUACAUUAGCAGCACUGCUAUUACUUGCCUUAGUCUUCCUUGGAGUGAUGAUAUAUAAACAGUACAGGAAACCAGUCAAAUACCUGAUAAGGAAAAAGUUCUCAAAGGAAAUCUCUGGAGGUUUCCAGAACCAAAGCUACAAGAAAGAUUCACUCCCAGAUGUGAGCAGCAAACAGCAUGAGACUCCAGAGAACGGCAGUGUUCAGUCAAUGACACAUGUACUGACGCCACCAGCAUUUCCAUUGCCCUCUUCCAAUGCAGAAGAAAUGAACAGCCCCCCAGAGCCUUCUGUAGCUUCUGCUAUCACCUUGGACCAGGAAGAGGAAGAGGAAGAAGUGGAAGAGACUGAGCCAAAGAGGGAAGUGAAGUCUAUCCUCAAGACAGACAGGAAUAUGGCAGAUGAUGGCUACAAAGCUGUGUGGUUUCAGACCAGUGUGGAUCCAGAAGCUGGAGAAACAGUUGAAGUGAUUGAGGACAAUGCAGUAGAUAGUGAUGAUGAGAGUGACCAAGAUAUGCAGGAGAAAGAGGAGGAGGAGGAAGAAGAUUAUGAUAAGGAUGACCACAGAGGGCUGGGACUUGAGAGCUCCCUGCCAGCUGUAGAUUUGGUGGUCAACAAGGCUCACACAGAUGCAGUGACAGAUGACAGUGACCUAGGAUGGAACUAG